AUGAUCCGGAACGGCCAUGGAGCGGCGGGCACCGCGGAGCAGGUCGGCGAAGAGACGCGGCGCGCCGUGCGGGUGUGGUGCGAUGGCUGCUACGACAUGGUGCACUAUGGCCACUCGAACCAGCUGCGCCAGGCACGAGCCAUGGGCGACUACCUGAUUGUGGGUGUGCAUACAGACGAGGAGAUCUCCAAGCACAAGGGUCCCCCCGUGUUCACCCAGGAGGAGAGGUACAAGAUGGUGCAGGCCAUCAAGUGGGUAGACGAGGUGGUGGCUGCAGCACCAUACGUUACCACGCUGGAGACACUGGACAAGUACAACUGUGACUUCUGUGUCCAUGGCAAUGACAUCACAUUGACUGUGGAUGGCCGGGACACCUAUGAGGAGGUGAAGCAGGCCGGCAGAUACAGAGAGUGCAAGCGCACCCAGGGAGUAUCGACCACUGACCUUGUCGGCCGGAUGCUGCUGGUGACCAAGGCACACCACAGCAGCCAGGAGAUGUUCUCUGAUUACCGCAAGUAUGCCGACAGCUUCGGUAAGUGUCCAGGCAGCCGGAACCCGUGGACAGGUGUGUCCCAGUUUCUGCAGACAUCCCAGAAGAUCAUCCAGUUUGCUUCUGGGAAGGAGCCUCAGCCGGGGGAGACGGUCAUCUAUGUGGCUGGUGCCUUCGACCUCUUCCACAUUGGGCAUGUGGACUUCCUGCAGAAGGUGCACCAGCUGGCCGAGCGGCCCUACAUCAUAGCUGGCCUUCACUUUGACCAGGAGGUCAACCACUACAAAGGGAAGAACUACCCCAUUAUGAACCUGCACGAGCGGACCCUGAGUGUACUGGCCUGCCGGUAUGUGUCAGAGGUGGUGAUUGGAGCCCCCUACGCGGUCACGGCUGAGCUCCUGGACCACUUCAAGGUGGACCUGGUAUGUCACGGGAAGACAGAAAUUGUGCCAGGCAAGGAUGGCGCUGAUCCGUACCAGGAGCCCAAGCGGAGAGGCAUUUUCUGCCAGGUGGACAGUGGCAGCGACCUCACCACCGACCUCAUCGUCCAGAGGAUCAUCAAGAACAGGCUCGAGUAUGAAGCCCGGAACCAGAAGAAGGAGGCCAAGGAGCUGGCCUUCCUGGAGGCCGCGCGGAAGCAGGAGGCACGGCAGGUGGAGAGUGACUGCGACCUCUGA